UGUUGCUGGCGUGGCGGUUGCUGGUCGCGCGGGGAACUUUAACACGCUGGAUCCCAAAGUCCGUCUCUCUCACCUGUGCAGUUCGGAGCUGCCAUGGAUUUCGCGGCCGGAUUUACUAUCCUAAUCACACUGCCGAUGUUUCUGCAGACGAACGGCCUCUAUAUCGCCAGUAGCAUAGAUUCCCUGCAGCAUGUACUGGGGGACUAUGGACUGGUGAAACCCAUUCUUACUGAUGCAGAAGGCCGCUUCCUGUCCCAUGCGGUAUCGGUUGGUCCAGCAGAUGGGCAGUUCCGUAGGCGCUGGAGAAGAGAGGCGGCAUCUGCCGACCAUGCCCACCAUGAGUCUGAAGGAGGCAAGCUUGACCGGCUCUACUACAACGUCACCAUCUUCGGCCGGGAGUUUCACCUGCGUCUGCAGCGCAACACGCGACUGGUGUCACCCGGAGCCAAGAUGGAGUGGCAGGAUUCCGGCAGCACGCGCUCUGAGCCUUUGAAGAGCGACUGCAUGUAUGUGGGUGACGUUACAGACGUGCAGGGAGCCUCGGUAGCUAUUAGUAACUGCGACGGCCUGGCGGGGAUGAUCAGAACUGAGCAAGAGGAGUUUUUCAUUGAGCCAGUGGAAACAGGGCAUCAUGUGAUGAAGCAGGAGGAAGAAGGCGGAGGCCGCUCGCACAUCAUAUACCGUUCUGCUGCUGUGAAGAAUCCUCCCGUAAUCAUGCUUGCAGCAGACUUCCACUCCAGAGGUGCCAAUCUGGGCGGGCUGAUGGAUCUUGAGACCCUGUACCAGGGCAUCGAACGGAGCAUUAACCAGAGCCGACGAACCCGCAGACAGUCCCCCGAACGAGCCUACAACAUCGAGGUUUUGCUGGGGGUGGAUGACUCCGUGGUGCAGUUUCACGGGCAGCAACAUGUGGAGAAGUACCUCCUCACUCUUAUGAACAUUGUGAACGAGAUCUAUCACGACCAUUCUCUCGGGGCACGAAUUAACGUGGUGCUAGUUCGGAUUGUUUUGGUGGAUGCCAAAAAAUCCACAAGCCUCAUAGAGCUGGGUAACCCCUCUCAGAGCCUGGAGAAUGUGUGUCGCUGGGCUUUUGAACAGCAGAGGAAGGACACCACUGAUAAAGAGUACCAUGAUCACGCCAUCUUUCUCACUCGUCAAGAGUUUGGACCCACAGGGAUGCAAGGUUACGCUCCUGUCACAGGCAUGUGUCAUCCCGUGCGGAGUUGCACUCUUAACCAUGAGGACGGUUUCUCAUCUGCAUUCGUGGUUGCACAUGAAACCGGCCAUGUGUUGGGAAUGGAGCAUGACGGGCAGGGGAAUCGUUGUGGAGAUGAGGUGCAGAUGGGGAGCAUCAUGGCCCCACUAGUGCAGGCUGCUUUCCAUCGGUUUCACUGGUCCCGCUGUAGUCAACAGGAACUUGGCCGAUACCUACAUUCGUAUGAUUGUCUCCGUGAUGACCCAUUCGAGCACACGUGGGAGGAGCUUCCACAGCUGCCUGGGCUUCAUUACUCCAUGAACGAACAGUGUCGCUUUGACUUCGGAGCCGGAUACAUGAUGUGCACAGCGCUGCAAAAGGUGGGGCCAUCGGGAGCCCAGUAUCGCACAUUUGACCCCUGUAAGCAGCUUUGGUGUGCUCACCCAGACAACCCCUUCUUCUGCAAGACCAAAAAAGGACCACCCAUUGAUGGCACAACAUGUGGAGAUGGGAAGCACUGUUUUAAAGGGCACUGUGUGUGGCUGACUCCAGACAUUAUAAAGCAGGAUGGAAGCUGGGGUACGUGGAGUGAAUUUGGCGCCUGCUCUCGCUCCUGUGGAAGGGGCCUACAGUUUCGCACCCGAACCUGUGACAAUCCACUUCCAGCUAAUGGUGGACGUUCUUGUGCCGGCACGAGCUAUCAGUUCCAGAUGUGUAAAACUCACGACUGUGAGGACCCGUACCACGACUACAGAGCCGAGCAAUGUAGCAUGAUGGACAACAAAUUUGAGUAUCAGAAUACCUGGCACUACUGGCUGCCUUAUGAACACCCUGACCCUAAGCAACGCUGCAAAUUGUACUGUCAAUCCAAAGAGACGCGAGCUGUAGUCAACAUGCAGACUCUGGUGGAACCUGGAACACGAUGCUCCUACAAAGACCCCUACAGCGUCUGCGUCUACGGAGAUUGUGAGAAAGUGGGCUGUGAUAAUGUGGUUGGAUCAGGUCUACAGGAAGAUAAGUGUGGCGUCUGUGGGGGAGACGGAACCAAGUGCAAGACUCACAAGUUUAACUUCACUUUUGCAGAGAAAAAAGGUGUCAUUAAAGUGCUUGAGGUUCCCAGAGGGGCGAGGCAUCUCUUCAUCCAGGAACUCAAUGGGACUACACACAUUUUGGCUGUCAGGAAUAAAGCAUCAGGUGACUUCUUUCUCAAUGCACACGGAGACUUCCCAGAGACGCGCUCUGUCAUAGAGAAAGGUCUGGAAUGGGAAUAUGAGAAUAAAAACAACAAGGACACCAUUCAAACGAACGGACCCCUGAAAAACGACGUGGUUGUCAUGAUCCGAAUGCAUGGGUCAGCCAAGGUGAAGGUGUCGAUAAAAUACAUCACUGAUAGUGACAGACUGAGUGAUGGUGCCAAUGAGAAUAACAUGGUCCCUGAUAAUGCUGUGCCAUAUUCCUGGGUGGUGAAGAGAUGGACUCCCUGUUCCAAGACCUGUGGAGGAGGUAUUCAGAUGACGCGUUACGGCUGCCGUAAGAACGCAGAGAUGAGGAUGGUCCACCGCAGAUUCUGUGAGAAAAGCAAGCAGCCUCCUCCACUGUUUCGUGACUGUUACCUGAGAGAGUGUGCUCAGCCCAUCUGGGUGGCUGGAGAGUGGGGUGAGUGCAGUAAGUCCUGUGGGAAGACGGGCACUCAGACUCGCUCAGUACGCUGCGUCCAACCUCUGGGUGACGGCAAGUUCAAAUCCAUCCGCAGCCGUUACUGCAGCGAUGAUCGGCCAGAGUCCCGCAGACAAUGCAAUCGCAACCUGUGCCCUGCUGAGUGGAGACUGGGACCCUGGUCACAGUGCUCUGUAUCAUGUGGUAAUGGUACUCAGGAGAGGCCGGUGCUUUGUCACACCCGUGACAACACCAUUGGACUCUGUCUGGACUCUAAACCAGCUGCAUUCAGACCCUGCAGAAUGGAUCUCUGCCCAAGAAGCACUUCCGACUUCAACAAGCAUGGCAACUUCCUGAUACAGUGGCUGUCACGUCACGACCCCAAAUACUCUGUGCAGAGGAUGUCAAGACAGCGUUGUCAUGGUGACCGUUCUGCGUUCUGUCGCAUGGAGGUGCUGCAGCUGUAUUGUCACCUGCCAGCUUUCCAGCGCUUGUGCUGCGAGUCCUGCAGGCCUGGGAAUCCUACGAAGACCACUGUGACCACAAAUAAGCCACUGUCCACAUCAAAAACAUCCACCAAAGGACAAUCCACCUCCAACAUGACCCAUAGUCCUACACGCACCACCACAGCUUCUCAUAAGCACCGGUGGACGUCCACAGUCGCCUUUGCAGCAUCUACACAAGGGAAAAGUGCCACUUCAGUGAGCACACCUUGGUUAUAUACAGCCUUGGCGGCAUCAACAGGUACUCAAGGAUACCCUACAGCUCCCAUUUACCAAUACACUACAACUCCCACCCAGGCACACACUACACCAGAUUUCCUGACAGAACAGAGCACAUCCUUUGCCAUUCCUACAACAAGUUCCAAUGUCAUGCCUACAACUGGAAUUAACAUGACAAACGGCACCAAAUUGCCUUUUAGCACUAUUGUCCCCAUCAUUGUCAAUGAUGUGAAUGACCUUACCCUCAUUCCCAGUACCACUGUCCAGUCCGAAGAGUUUAAUGCGAGCAGUAAUGCACCACAUGGGGAUAAUGGUGCAGCUUUGCAGUCAACAACAACAAAUGGUGUCAAUGGAAAAGAAUCAGCCACCUCAGGCUGGUUGGACACCAACAUCCCAGCAACUACUGAAGUACUAACUCCCAUGGCAUCAGCUUCUAUAAUCACAACUUCCAGUACACACCAGCCAAAUGCAACAGUAUCAAGCACAACAACAUCCUUGACUGCAGCAUCACUGACAACAACGGCAGAGAAGACAAGCAGACAACCGAAUAAAGUUGAAGAAACAACCGAGAGCAAUGCUAUUGACAUACCUUUCCAAAUAAUCCAGAUGGACAAUGAGUUUCCUCAGAAUAACAUCAUCCCCAGAAGAGGACGCGUGUUUCUACGUGAGAGAACGCGAAAUAAGCGCAUCCAGGAGCUACUUGAAGAGAAGCGAAACUUUUUGAGACGGAUAAAAAGAGCGCAGGGGAUUUGAACCCUUUGCAGUUUCUCUUAUAGAGAUACUUCUAAGGUUGCCAAAUGUAAUAUCUGACUUCAUCUUGGUGCUUUGGUCAGGUACUGAAAAUGGGAUACAAAUUUAUGCUCUUGCCACACACUCUUUUAAUAAAUUGGCAAACUGAUCUUUGUGGAACCAAACCACUAGCACAGUUGCUUUGAACCUUGAUGAAUUACCUUUAGGAGGUUCAGGGUUCCCAUGGUCAUGGAAAACCUGAAAAUAUCAGGGAAUUUGUGAUUUUCAGGCAUGGAAAAUUAAAAAAAUAAUAAUUAUAGAAUCAAAAAAAGUAACAUAAAGAUGGAAAUUUCUACUAACCUGGUCUCAUAGAGUCACGUUACUAUAACUACAUUUUUGCAAAAUGCUUUUUACGUGGCUUGCUAAAUGUGUCUUGGCACUUUCCUGGUGAAAUGAACACUUGAAGCACUACAACAACAACACAUUUUAUUCCCUUUCACACAAAUCACAAGGAAAAUGGUAAAUUAUCAGUUCUAUAACAUGUACUUUUUGCCCUGUUCCUCACACAAUGCUGUCUUAUGAAAUCUAAAGACUUUUACUGUAAUGCAUGAAUUUUCAGGUGAUUUCACGCAUCGAUAAUGUGAAGAUUUUCCUGAUGAUUAUCGAUAUAUAUCAGGAUUCUUUCAGAUACAAUAGGGCUGCUCGUUGCACUAUAAUAUUUGUCUCUUCAGACAUAUUUCUCAACACAACUUUGGUAAAGUGUGAGCGGCAGGGAAAAUUAAAGGUGUUGCACAUCAGACAUGUCUGGCGGACGACAUGGAGACUUCUAAAAUUAGAAACAAUUAUUUAUUUUCUAAAAAGGUAAGAACACACCACCAGUGCUCAGCGUCAACAUUCUGAGGUGCCACAGUGCACAACUCGCAUAGUUUUUUCGUUAAAUUAGAUCCAAAUCAUCAUUAAAGGACAAAGAUUAUUUACUCUAGCCAUCACUGUAUGAUCUAUUGUGAACAUGUAUCUUUCAUAUAGUCUACACAAUGUAUGUCGUUUUAUGGUUUAACAGCUUGAAUGAAAGACCUAUUCAAUGCUACAAACAGAGAAAUUGCAUAAUAAACACUGCCAUUUCUAAUCGUUCAGUUUGCACAGUUACACACAAACCUGCAAAAUCAGUGUCACUUUGUUCAUUGUUGAAGAAGUACCAAAACUUUCGUAAAUCUGGACUACCAUCUCCUGCCCCGCUUCAACUCAUCCUGUGUGUGUGUGUGUGUUUGCGCGCGCGCGCGCUUCAGUAAAUGUUAUAUCGCCCUCUUGUGGUCUCCCUAAGCUAUUAUGCCAGACUGAUAAGCAGAGGCCAAUUGAGUAAAUUGGAAAGCAUGCAAAUUGGGCACGCAAAUUAAAUUCUAAUUUAAAUGUUGGCUAAUUUUAUUAUAUCAGUGCCUCAAAAAUAUAUAGAUAAAAUAACGUGCUGAUCAAUAAUCAAUAUAUCGAUAUUAGGGGGUGGGGGAAAAAAUCGUUUCAGCGAUGCAUCGUGAUUCAUACUCAAACGAUUUUGAAUCGAUUAUCAUAAGAAUCAGAAUCGAUUCUGAGCGAGGUCAGUUUAAAUCACGGCAGAGCAGUGGCGCGCGCCAAAGACAGAUAUAGAAACAAAGCCGUGAUUUAAGUGCAAACACUAAAGUCAAGUGCACAAACACGACUGUUUGCAGACCAGCUGUAUCAAACACAUGACCAUUUGUGCCCGAAUGAAACUAUGAUCCCAAAAUUCUUUCACAAACCCACACACUUAGCAUGUGAGAUAACAAGCCAAUAAACAACAUGAAAGACGAGCUCGCACCCAUUAUUGCACUGAUUUGCACACAAUGGGGGAAAACACAGAAGAAAAUAAUGACGAGGCAGCGGUUCAGGAUAUGUUGGUGAUGUUUUCAUUUAAUUCUUUUUUGUUUUGUUUUUUUCCCCGAUGCCUUUCUCUACUCUUGCGUGCUCUCCAUUUAAUUGGUUUUUGAUUUAUUGCCGAUCACUCGCUUGUCAGGACAGUGCGCACACCUGAUGAUAAAGGUUUGAAAUCCAUUGUAGCUUUUGCGACAGGGUCGUGCGAUCUUCUACUCACAGAGCAAACAGAUGGAACAGUGCAUACGAGACACUUGAUACAUUUCUGAAGCAACAACUGCGCCAUUUAAAUCGCUUUACUAUCACCUGUGCAGGUGAGGAGAGGAGAAGCUGACAGCUGCACUCUCAUAGAAGCAGAUAUAUCUUUCAUCCUGGACCAGCAACUUCCAGUUGUGGUUAAAAAUUAAAAUGAAUAGCAUGGCAUAGAUUAAUUUUAAAUAAUAAUUAAAUACUAUUAAAUGAUUUACAAUGCUUAAACAAAAAUAAAAAAAAAUAAAAUGUUAUAAUCAGUUGAAGUAAUAGUAUUCAGUGUGUUUUGAAGGAGAACCAACAUAUUUUUUUUUCUUGUGCUUUUAAGAAUUUUUUUAUAAGGUUCUAAAGAAAGAAACUGAAAAACUGAGAUACUCUUUUAAACAAUAGAACCAUUUAUUUAAUCUUAUGGAUGUUACAUAUUUUGUUCACAGCUCAUACUGAAUGUAAAAGGCCAGUUUAUGUAAUGUGACUCAUUCUGAUUUUUUUAAAACAGCUGUUAAAUAAAAAGCUGAAAGGGAAAAAAUAGAGAGUAAAAAAUACAUUUCAAAGAAGCUGAAAAAAGAAAGAAAUUGAAGGACAAGAUGCAUCGUGAUGCAUCGAGAAUCAUUUUAUAAUCGAAUCAUUACCCUUUGAAUCAUCAUCGAAUCGUGAGGCCAGUGAAGAUUCACACCUCUAAUAGAUAUUUAAUGACAUCCCUAAUUUUAACAUUUGCAUUAAAUAGCCAACUAAAUUUUCAAACUUGUUCAAGUAUGAUCAAAUUGCGUGGUAGCUUAACUGAUAGAGCGUUGCGCAUACUAUGCAAAAGGAUCGGGAUACGAGUCCUGAAGAGCACAUGAGUCGACAAAUGAGUAGGAAGUGUCGUAGAAGCACCACAAAAUGUUGUGGUUGCUUCAGCAAUUGCUAUUUUUAUCUCACAUUUGCUUUUUAUGAUGCUAUCUGUUAGGUUUAGGUUUAAGGUUCCAGUUAGGGAUAUCAGUUUUGUUGAUUUAAAACUCGAUAGAGCAUUAACCGUAAAAAACAUAUCUGUAUGAUAGAACAUUUAACUCACAUUUAGCACCACUCAGUGGACAUUUCACCUCGGAACUGUCACAAUACGUGUAAGGAGCCACGUAAUAUUUUGCAAAAAGGUUGCCACAGUCUCGUAAUUGUCAUGGGGUCAGGCUGAUUUCUACGGUGAAUCUAAAUUUUCUAAUUAUGCUUGACUCUAAAACAUUAAAUGGACUAGAAAUUGUUCUUUGUGAAGGCAAUCUCCAUAAAAUGUUUAAAAGUCUUAUCAAGAAAUCGCAAUCAAUUCAAAAGGUGUGGGAACCCUGGAGGUUCCCCUAAAGGAAUUUCUAAUUCAAAGAGAUUUAUCAUUUUAAAAUCAUAGAAAGAGAGUGUGGUGAAUUAUCAUUUGCACAAAUCUAUGCUUCUCAGUGUGCUUUUGUCCAACUAUGCUCAAUAAAAGAAACAGACAAUAGGCACAUACUGAUUUUCCCAAAAUGACAAUAAAGUAGGGCAUUGUGGGUAAAUUAGCAUAGAAAUAUUGUAAUGUUGUCACCUGUCAACUGCAAAAAUAUUUUAUUUUAAAAGACUUUGAUAAUUCUUCACAGGGUAGAAAAUAUGACACCUUUAGGAGUGAUGUAGCGGUUUGAUUACAGUACAUUAAUACAGAGGAUAUAUACUGAAAAUAAUUGAGGGUCAGAGAGUGAAUCUGUAACCACUUCAUUUAAAACCUCUUUCUCUGAUAUGUGAAAAGAAUGCCACUAAAUUAGCCCAACUCUAGUGCAGAGAUGAGAAUCUGUGUCCUUUUUGGCAGGCAUGACACAGUUUAGAAAAAAAUAAAAUAAUAUAUAUAUAUAUAUAUAUUAUUAUUAUUAUUAUUAUUAUUAUUAUUAUUAUUAUUAUUAUUACUCUGGAUUCCUUCUCUAGAUUCUUAUGUACAUCAACAUCUCCUCUGUUCUGACUGUAUCUAAGGUAAGAAGAUUUUACAAAGUUACUCACUGAUGAGUCAUUUGACAAGAAAAAAAUCAGGGAUGCACCAUACAGUACUUUAUUUCAGAUUUUAAUUGUAUGCUUGAGAAUUAUAUUUUCUGUCACCAGUAUGCACCCUUUUGUUGAAGCUUUUACCAAAACAGGUCAAUAUGAUUUAUAUUUUUUAUUGUUGAGAUAUUGUUAUGUUAUGAGGAUAAUUUACACCCUCUACCACAUCCUAAAAGAUUCCACCAUUUCCUUUUGUGAAAAGCAGAAAAGAAAAAGAAAAAAAAAAUCAAAAACAGAAAUAAAUGUUCUAUAU